GUGUAAUGGACUUCUAUUUUCGGACACUCCUAUUUUCGGAUCGAUAUUAAACAAGCCAAAACUAAAGUUGCGCUCUCCUCUGCUGUCGGCCGCUUUUCGGACGCAAAAGCUCCCUUUGCCUACUUCAAUGGCGUCCAUCAGAUACUCAGACUAGGAUAUAUACUUGCUGAGUUUCGCAAAUUAUGGCGUCCCUUUUUCUUCCAAGCCCUAAAUUUUCCUCCCCUUUCCUCGGCGAAAAACUUUCUUGCCGUGAAAACGCAAAUAAAUCCGCUGCAUAUAGGCCUAUUGGUAGAAGCCCCAGGUCCGCAGUAGAUACACCAUAUGAAGGCAACCUUCGUAAAUUCCCUCGAAUCAAUGUUUGGGAUCCUUAUAAGCGCCUUGGUAUUUCAAUUUAUGCUUCUGAGGAGGAAGUUUGGGAUUCACGCAAUCUCCUCUUGGAAGAAUAUGUUGGACAUGAGAGAAGUCAGGAAUCAAUAGAAGCUGCUUUUGAGAAAAUAUUGAUGGCCAGCUUCCAGAAAAGGAAGAAGACAAAGAUCAACUUAAAAAGCAGGUUAAAGAAGAAAGUAGAGGAGUCUCCACCUUGGGUUAAGAACUUGCUUAGUUUUGUGGAAGUUCCCCCAGCUGUAGUUAUAUUAAGAAGAUUGUUCCUUUUUGCAUUCAUGGGUGGCUGGAGUGUAAUGAAUUCUGCUGAAGGUGGACCUGCUUUUCAGGUGGCAGUCUCUUUGAUAGCUUGUGUAUACUUCAUCAAUGAGAAAACAAAGAGCUUAGCUAGAGCUUCCAUUAUUGGAUUUGGAGCUCUUGUUGUGGGUUGGGUAUGUGGUUCGUUUUUGGUUCCCAUGAUCCCAUCAGUUCUAUUGCAGCCAACUUGGACACUCGAACUCCUGACAUCACUCGUAGCCUAUAUCUUCUUGUUUCUUGCCUGCACUUUCCUCAAGUGAAAUCCAAUCACUCUGCAUCAUUUAGAGCUGCGUUCGAUUGAUAAGUGGGUCAAGCAUUGCUUCUUUAUCAUUUUGCCUUGUAUUGAUGGAUCCGUGAGAUCCCCUUUCUCCCUUUCUACUUGUAUUCUUCAAGUAUUCUGAAAUUGCACGAUGACUUCUGCAUCUCCCCGAGGAAAUGCAUUGUAGCAAAUCAUUUUUGUGGAAUGGCUUUCAUGAUGUUAGUGUGGUGACUCUUCAUGGGUGGACGUCCUAAGCAACAUGGACUUUGGGAGUUUGAAUAGUUGAAUUUGAGCUUAA